AUGAUAAGACUGUGUUCAUUGUUUAGAUAUACAGGCAGUUUGAAUGCUAAUCGAUCAUUGGCCACUUUGACCAGAUGCUACACAUCUGUUGCCAACAACAACAACAACAAUAACAUCAACAACAAUGCGAUCAACAACACCGAAAAUGACAAUGACAGACCUGUAGACAGUAGUAGUAGCAUUCAACAACAUGCUCAUCUUGAUAAGAACUUGAGAGGCAUUGGUGUAUAUCUACCUGGUGAAAGGGAUGAGUACGAAGAUGAUGAAGACAAUGAAGAGUUUGACGAUGGAAUGGAUGAACGUGAUAGACGUUUAUUGGCAAUGGUUGAAGAUCAACAAAGAAAUAAUCCAUUGUUGAUGGGUGUAAUGCCUCAACAACAUAAAGUAGAUGAUUACCAAUCGUUUGAACAACUUGAAGAGAGAUGGCAGGUUGAGUACGAGAAGAAACAAGAGGCACUUGAUCAGAUGACACCCAGUGACUUUACCGAAAAGAACGAUCAGAAGGUCGAGCUGUACAAUACUAUUUCAAAUCGAUUCUCCGUCGUCGAUGAAUCACAACACAUUCACUUCAACAAACCCGAAGACAAUCAAAUACCUCACUACUCUGAUCAGUUACCAGAUGUAAACAUAGAGUCAAAUGAUGACCUUUCGACAAGGAUAUCAAAGAUCAAACAGAGGAUGGUAAAGAAUAAGGUUGCGAGUGGGCGUGUGACAAUGGACAUUAUGAAUACGAUAUAUCAAUUGCAUAGAGAGGACCCAGUGACUAAUAAUGCUCAGACAUUGGCACAGCGAUUCGCGUUGGAUACCAAAGCGACUGAGAGUCUACUCAAGUACUUUACAGUUCCAAUCAUUGUCAAAUACAACACUGGCGUAAAGUCAGGUCAUUGGAGUGUUGUGUUUGAGAAGUGA